AACAAAGACAUUUCGUAUUUGUUUCUCGAAGUUUGUGGACCUUUUCUCGAAGCUAGUUGCAAGUUUCAUCAUAAUCGUGAGCAAUAUUAUUAAUCAUUUUUCGGAAGUUGAAAUUCAUAAAUAUUAUUAUAAACAUACCUACAAAUUAAAGUGGCACCUCGUUUGAAGGAAGGAAUUUUGAGAGACCUUUCUUCACUAACUCAUUGUUAAAGAGUGAGGCAGGCUACAGCUGUUUGAGACAAAGACAUUUUCUUUGUUAUUUGGUGGUGCGGUUAUUUGGCACUCGCAUUAGUCAUUAACUUUGAGCGCAAACCACUUUUUAAGGCAAAAAAGCUUUGUUUGCUCCUUUUGGUCAUAACUACAAUUCCAACAAGUCUUUGUUUGAGGAAGAGAUAUCUGCUUGCAUUGAACAAAUCAUAAAGUUUUUCCAAAGACAGACAGACCAACAGCAGUCAAGUUUAUCAACGAAAAAGAAAACGCAAAUAAAAACAAACGACGCAAAACAACAAAAUGCCAUCUGAUUCAAUUUCAAGAAUGGAUUCUAAUGGCUCUGGCGGCGAUAAUGACAAGAGUGUGCCGCAAAAUAUAUUGGGAACAUCUCCAGGAACCUCCAGUUUAAGAUCUCGCACUGAUAGUGAAUGCUCGGAUAAGAUGGCACGCUUUGUUUUGCCAAGUAUGGAUGGCAGUCCUCCCAAAGUAAUGACUUUAGACGAAGUCACCCAUGUUUUUAAGAAUAUACAGAAUAUGGAAUUGGUGCAUGAAAUAGCUUUGAAUCCAGAAUUUAAGCUACAGCCUUAUGAACCGCCAGAGAACAGCCUUGAAAAGCGCAUAAAGGAUUGCAUGCACAAAGCUUUUUGGGAUAUUUUACGUGAACAAUUGAGUGCUGAUCCACCUAGCUACGAACAUGCCAUACAACUUUUGGCCGAAAUUAAAGAAUGCUUUCCGCAAAUAAUAUCCUUAAACAAUAAACGAGCUUUGGAACAUAUUAAUGAAAUUCUGAACGAAACAGUUAUUCGUCAACAAGCCGAAAAGGGAGUGCUUGAUUUUAGGUCCUAUGCUGAUUUUGUUGUUCACAUCAUGUCCAAAUCGUGCGCUCCUGCCAGAGACGAAGAAAUGCAAAAACUAGCCCAAACCGAGGAUGUUGUAGAUACUUUCAAAGGCAUUUUAGAGAUGAUGAAGCUAAUGAAACUGGAUAUGGCUAAUUUCCUUUUAGACUUUUCUCGAAAUGAAAUUUUGGCAAACUCCGUAGAAUAUGAAAAACAGAAAUUCAAUGAAUAUUUGGAGUAUUAUAAAUUUGGUUUCCCUGCUACUGAAAAUUGGCUUAGACGCAAUCGUUCAGCAGAUGCUGGCAACAGUGCGGCAACAGCAGAACAAACAAUUUCAAAUGCUUACAUGGAACUUAUGGAUUGGCCGGGCAACUUCGAUUUCCCCGAAAUUCUAUCAACUGACAAAGAACGCAUACUCAAAUUGGGACAACGGGCUAAGCGUUUAUGCGUAGGGGCGUCUUUGAUUGCCAUCUGUUCUGCUGUGCCCAUUAUAUCGCAGCGUUCCGAAAAUCGCAUUGCUUUGGCAAAACAAAUAGAAAUUUUGUUGCAAAGUGUUACAGACGAAAAGGAUAUAGCUGAAGCUAUAGAGAAUGUUUGGGAGCAGAUUAAAUCAGUUAUCAAUCAGUAUUUACAAAAGGAGAAUCAGUCUACUAUGGACACAGAAGCCGAAUCGAUGCUACGUUCUCAAAUAAUGCAAAUUGCCAAUAGAGAAUCUCCAGUUAGGCAAUUAAUGUGGAAACGUUUCCAAGCCUUCUUUCGCCUGUCAUUACGUUCGAAGGCCGGUUUACCCCCGCCACCGCCUGGUUACGUUGAUUUCAAAGAUGAACUGGAGUCUUAUACCACUGCCUUGAAACGAGUUAUAGGAUAUAAUCACUCUGUGUUUGGUGAAUAUUUUCUACAAAUUCUCUCACAACGCCCAACAGAAGCUAACGAUGAAAGUGCCAGCAAACCCAGUGCCCCUUCAGAAGAUCAAUCUACACCUUCACAACAGUGAAUUCCUAAGCUAGUUAGUAGUCAUUUAGGGUUUGUUAAAACCGAAUCAAAUGAAGCAGACAAAGGCAAAAGUAGAGUUCAAACUUUAUGUUACUACUUUUGAACGAUCCCGAUAAAUGCGAGAGUAAAGAGUUUGGUUGAGAAAUUGUUUUAUGAUUGAUAUGAAAUGGAAAUGAGAGGCAUUUUUAAACAGAAAUGGUAGAGUGGAUUUGGUGCACAUUUCUGUUUAACAAGAUCUAUCUGUUUGACAACCAACUACGAGAAAGAAAAGUUUGUGCUUGUAAUCUGGUGCCUAAAUAUUGGAUGCCAUUGACAUGGAAAAAUAAACACACUCGUCAAAAUCCUUUAUGCAGAUGUUAAAGGCAUACAAUUUUGUCUAGGUGGAUACAAUUUUCUUUUUUGUCCUUGUGAUUUGGCCCUUAAAAAAUAUUCAAUAGCAGUAGCGGUAAUGGUGUUAUAAAAUCAGUAACAAUUUAAAAGUUUGAUAAUAAUUUAAUGGCAGCUAAAAUUUUGUCUGGUAGAAAAUCAAAUGGUUUGUGAUUAACAUUUAUUUUAAAAGCAGCAAUUGCAAAAAAUUUUCAAAUAUUCUAUUAGGAAAAAUGGAACACAGUAAACUAUGAAAUAUGUAUAAGCAUUUAAUUCAAUACUUAACAAGGAUUAUAUUGCAUAUUCGCAAUAAAAUGUUUUAUUUUGUAUUUUAUUUUUGGGUCCCACAUAAGUUGGACUGCGUGUUGUGAUAUUUUUCGAGAUUCAUGGAAGUUUCAUGGAAGUAAAUGUAUUCUGUACGAGAACUAAGCCGGUCUAUUUAUUUAAAACCUACCGUUGCUAAUAAUAUUUCUAUACUAAUUAUAUAUAUGCCACUAAUCAAAUAUAUGUAUAUUAUCCCUAUUUACAAUAAAA